UGGCGGGUCAGGGCGGCAGGUGCACGCGCGAGGCCGGCGCGCCAGGGCGAUGCGCGCGGACGCUCCGGGGUAGCACCGGACCCGGCCGGCGCGCCCCCGGCCCGCAGCGAUGUGGCGGCUGUGCCUGCUGGUCCUGGCGGUGCUGGCGGCGGGCGGCGCCGAGGCCCAGGCGAACUCCAGCGACGGUUUCCUUGAGUUUUCCGUGGGAAAAUUUACAUACUUUGUGCUCAGCAGGCCCUUUCCGCAGGAGGCUGUUCUGCGCCAUAUUUCAAGCAAUGUGACCUUUCUUCUUUUCCAAAUACACUCACAGUAUCAGAACACCACGGUUUCAUUCACUAAGAGCCUCCUCCCCAGCACCUCAGGCACAGGCAACGACAGAGGGCUGGUUUUCAUUCUCAGACCGGAGCAGACUGUGUGCACUUGGUACUUGGAGACGAAAGAUACCAAGCCUGUUCAAAGUGUGGCUGUCACACUCUCCUACUCAGAAAGAGAUCCCAUUCCUGGAGGCUGCAAUUUGGAGUUUGAUUUAGAUAUUGAUCCCAACAUAUAUUUGGACUAUAAUUUUUUUGAAACAACUAUCAAGUUUGCACCAGCAAACAUAGGCUAUGCAAGAGAUGCAGAGCCCCCACCGUGUGACGUAAGCACAGGCCAGGAGUCCAGGUGGAGGCUGCACUAUGAUGUAUACCAGUACUUUCUGCCUGAGGGCGACCUCACCGAGGCCUCUCUACUCCAUCAUCUUCAGAGGAUGGCCCAGGUGGCCCAGGUGAAGGCCAGUGCGGUCAAGGUGGUUACCCUGACAGCUGAUGAUAAAACAGCCGUGUCCUUCUCUUCCCUCCCGGGACAAGGAGUCAUCUAUAAUGUCAUCGUUCGGGACCCGUCCCUCAAUACGUCUGCUGCUUAUGUGCCUGUGCACACAUAUGCCUGCAGCUUUGAUUCAGUGGGUGGUAACUGUGUUUCUCCUGGAAGAGUGUCUACGAAAGUGUUCUCUACCUUGUUUGCCCUGCUUGGGCUCUUCAUUUGUUUCUUUGGACACAGAUUCUGGAAAACAGAGUUAUUCUUCAUUGGCUUCAUCUUCCUGGGGUUCUUCUUCUAUAUCCUGAUCACCAGACUGACACCCCUGCAGUAUGACGUUCGCCUGGUCCUCACCGCUGUAGUGGGCAGCUUUGGUGGACUCCUCCUGGUGGCCUCCUGGUGGCGAUUCGGGAUCCUCACACUCUGCAUGCUGUGUGUGGGACUCGUGCUGGGCUUCCUCGUCUCUUCUGGGACCUUCUUCACUCCUCUGGGAAACCUAAAUGUUUUCCAUGAUGAUGGAGUGUUUUGGGUGACAUUCUCCUGCAUAGCCCUGCUUGUUCCAGUCAUCUUCAUGGGCUGCCUAAGAAUACUGAACAUCCUGGCUUGUGGAAUCCUGGGCUCCUACUCCGUGGUGUUGGCUGUUAACAGUUACAUGUUCACGAGCCUCUCCUACAUCACCCUGAACGUCCUCAGGAGAGCUCUUAACUCGGAUUUCCGAGGGGUUUUCAUCAGAGUGCCUUUCCAGACCAAUGACUACAUCAUCCUGGCCGUGUGGGGGAUGCUGGCCGUCAGUGGAAUUACGCUUCAGAUUCGAAGAGAAAGGGGACAGCCACCUUUCCCUCCCCAUCCCUACAAGCUAUGGAAGCAGGAGAGAGAACGCAGAGUGACCAACAUUCUGGACCCCAGCCAUCACAUCCCUCCCCUGAGAGAGAGGCUUUAUGGCCGGGUUGCUCGGAUCAAAGAGCUCUUCCGGAAGGAGCAACCAUCUGGAGAGCGAACACCCCUCCUUUUGUAGAAGGCUGAGGGUCAGUGUGCUUGCCCUGGAGUUCUCAUUUACCCUGCCCAGCUGUCCCAGGUCCAGUGCGGGGUCAGUUGGGGUGGGCGAUAGGGUGAUGCCCCUGCUGAUGUACAGCAGUGGAGUUAGAGGAUUCUAAGCAAUAAGGUGAGAAAAAUCACCAAGAAGUUGGUUGUAGAUGUUUUUCCUCACCUUCCACAGUCUUGAGAAGUUAUCUUUUGGUUUAUAAAUUGAUGAUGAUUAUAAGUUGGUUUGAUUGAUGUCUUUUAUAAAAUACACUAAGAAAUAAAAAUGUUUCCUUAAAGCCUGGUGUUUUGUUCUUGGACUGUUACAAGUCAGUUUGAACCUGUGGAGGGGAGGUAGGCAGUGGGUAUUUAUUUGCUUUGUGUGUAGAAGUUUAGGAAUUUGAUACUGGGCCCUUGAAUGUCAAGACUAAGGGAAAUGUAACUCCCCCUUUUCUUUAAAAGCAGUCUGAUUAUUUGGCUGCAUCUCAUAUUAAAAUCAGGAACCCUUUUCACUUUUUUUUCAAUAUCCAAUGAUGUAUUUUAAAAAUUUUGGCAAACUAUCCUAAAAUGUAUCAAUGUAGGUUUCCUGUUGUUUUGCCAGUUAGUGCUUAAAGUGGUAAAUUAAAUAACUAAAUUAUUUCUGUAAUGUAAAAUAGCUCAGCUUAUUAAAGCUAAUAUAACUUUUAUAUGAAUAAGUUAUUUAUAGUCCAUUUUUGUUUUGGCCUAUUUUUGUUUUGGGGCCAUUUAAAGCAGUGUUCGCUUGCUGACCUUAUUUCUUAGGUUGCAUUAGAUGGUGACUGGACUGUAUUUUGUCAGAGAAGUCAAUGAGGCCUUCUUCCUAGCACCCUGUGAAGCUGUGUUAAUGAUUGCUCUGUAUAAUCAAAGCCCUUGUGCUCCGAAGCUCAGAGGGACCACUCAGCCAAGCUGAUGAAGGCUGCCACCCUGGGUUCUGUAAGGAGGGCCACACUCUUUUGACUCCUCUCAACACCAGCGUUAUGAAUCGGCUUCCCUGACAUGUGUGACUCACAGUGUGCUCCCUCAGGGUUACCACUGCUUAACUGAUGAUACUCUUUAGUCUCUUCACAGCAUGACCACAGCCUUGACACUUCAGGGAGGGCCGGAGUCUUCAGUUCUGGCUUUGAAAAAAGGUUUUGAAGUUAAAAUAUAAUGAAAAGUUAUAAGUGAUACCUUUUGGUUUAUUUCUGAAAAUUCUUAUUCUGUUAUUAGUAUCUAGCUUCAGCAAUAAUUUUUUUUUUUAAAUUUCUAUAGGGUUUCUGGCUUCUGUCACAUGCUUGUAUUUUAGUUGUGCAGAUUGUUGGAGAACUAUUCUCUGUAUUGUCCAAACACACUGUCAGUCAGAGCUAUAAAAGGCAGAAUAUGCUUUCUUGGAGGGAGAAUACAAAAUAUUUGUAAAUUUUCAUAGUUUUUAAUAAUACCAUUUGUAUAGUUUUUGUAAUAAAUACAUAC